AUGAUGAAGCUUCCCUCGACCGUCUUGCUCGCCGCGCUGGGGCUCGUGCUGCUCCUGUGCCUGCCCGCCGUACUGGCCGACCGCUGCGGCGGAAACUGUCCGUCGAACAAUUGCAACAGCUGCCCGUGCGGCACUACCCCGGCCUACACGGACGUUGCGUCGGCCUGCCGUCGCUUCAAUGGGUGGAGCCAGUCGUGCUGCGAGUGCAUCAUUCGCCACGAGAGCGGCGGCAACCUGCACGCCGUCAACCACAACCGCGGAGGCAGCAAUGAUGUCGGCCUAUGGCAGAUCAACGACAUGAACUGGAGCUCUUGCAAUGGCGGACAUGCCCCUUGCGACCUGGAGAGCAACCUGAAGUGCGCCAUCAAGGUGUGGGGCUGGGGCCACAACUCCUUCCGCCUGUGGUCCACCUGCAAGGCCUGCGGCUGCUGCUAG